GUCUCUCUUCACCUGGUUCAGCAGCGGGCGUGUCUUCGGCGUUUGUGGCAGGCGUCACGCUCCUCGGGGAGGAAGAUUCCCAGAGAUGGAUCUUCGCGUCAGCGGGCACGGUCUGCACAAAGAGGAGAUCGACGCGGCCGCGAUGGCGGUCACUCCCGUCGUCGUGAACACGAUGGGCGGCAUGUCGUCGUCCUCAAGCGACAUGCUGACACAGCUCCGAAAACGAAGAGCGCUGUUGCAGCGCAUUGCCGAAGCACCGGAUUGCGUGGCAACGUGUGAGGCAGUCGUCCAGUUGUGCGCCGCGCUGUCAUCUGGCGUUUUCCCGCGGCGGACCCCGCGUUGGUGGAUCAAACGACGGACUGGCGGGACAUGGGAGGAUCUCCGCCUCUGUGAUGACGCGACGGACGAGUAUUACCGGCAGAAGUUGCGCAUGUCAUUGGCCAUGUUCAGGCAGAUCGUUGCCGCGUGCGCCACGUACGUGGAGAAGAAGGUGACGCACUACAGGAUGCCUUUGCCAGUGGAGCAGGUGAUCGCUUUCGCGUUGUACAGGUGGGCGUCAGGAGAAACGUACAAGAGCGGCACUUCGUCCUUCGGCAUCGGCAGGGCAACUGGACUGCAGGCUGUCCGCGACGUCACUUCAGCGCUGCUGCAGGCAUACCCCGACGCUAUCAAGUGGCCAGUUGGCCGUAGACGUGCGCAGAUUCUGCACGCAUUCCGUGACAAGGGUUUCCCAAACUGCUUCGGCGCGAUCGACUGUACACACAUCUACAUUGACAAGCCCGCCGGCGCACCUUCUGACAACUACUACGACCGCAAACAGAAGUUCUCCGUGCAGGCGCAGGUGGUGGUGGAUUUGGAUCUGCGAAUCCUCGACGUCCACAUCGGAUACCCGGGAAGCGUGCACGAUGUACGCGUCCAGCACAAUUCCCAGCUGUGGAGGCGUGCAGAAGCUGGCAAGCUGUUCGACGCACCUCCGGAGAAUCUGCCGCACGGUGUCGUCACGCGAGGUUACCUGCUAGGCGACAACGGUUAUCUUGUUGCCUGUCCAUGGAUCGUGCAGCCGUACGGAGGAAUCGACCAACAUCCUGACGACGAGCGCUUCGACACGCGGCAGAAGGUGGCGCGGGGGUGUGUGGAGAGGGCAUUUGGGCGACUGAAGUGCAUGUGGCGUCUGUUUUUGCGCACCCACAAGACGAACCUGGAGACCUUGCCACAACAAUUCGUGACUUCCUUUCUUGUUUUGGCACGUGGCCGCGUCUGUUGGCAACACUGCGCGAAGUAGCUGGGUCGAUUGUAUGGCGGCAUGGUUGUCGUCUGUGACUUCCUUUCUUGUUUUCGUCGUUUGGACGGUUGCGUGGUUCGUACAAUUGUACGA